AUGCCGCAGAAACCGAGAGGCGACACCGAGCAGAGCGGUAAACGCCAUUCAAUCGGCAAGAGAAAGCUUUCCGAUCAAGGGGAGCAAUCGCAGUCCCGAUCGCAGACCGUCUCCGAGCUCCUCUCCGAGAGAUACACCCCCGAACCUCAAACACAGUCCCACAAACGCUCCCGCCUAUCUUCGUCUCCGCAUCUGCCGUCUCCCACGCACCCGCAUAAGAUGUAUCCGAUUUCCGGCUCCGCGCCCAGAAAUGGCGCUCCUGUCGGCCGUGGCGUGUCCGGGUCAACCGGUUCACUUAGAUCCCCGGCGAUGAAUGCAAAUGCCCGUCCGAAUAAUUUCUCGCCUUAUACUGGGGCGAGGAAGCUUGUGGUCAAGAACCUUCGCUCUGGGCCUCGGCUGGAUCAGGAAUCUUACUUCGAUAAGGUGUGGUCACAGUUCGAUGCGGCUUUGACGGCUAUCUUCGAGGGCAGGAAACCGGAAAGUUCUCUGGAAGAACUAUACAAAGGCGGAGAGAAUGUUUGCCGGCAAGAUCGCUCAGCGCUGUUGGCGAAGAAUCUCCGUGGUCGAUGCAAGGACUUUGUGAAUGGCAGCCUGCGUCAGAACCUUGUUUCAAGGGCGAAGGGUAGCACUGAUGUUGAUACAUUACGGGCUGUUGUUGAGGCAUGGUCAUCAUGGAGCACCAAACUUGUUACCGUGCGAUGGAUAUUCUAUUACCUCGACCAGUCAUUCCUUCUGCAUUCAAAAGAACACCCGGGGAUCCGCGAGCUGGGGCUUAUUCAGUUCCGAGAAUACAUAUUCGCUGAUGGCAAUCUGAAACCGAAGAUCUUGAAAGGCGCAUACGACUUGAUCGAUGCCGAUCGGCAGGGCGAUACCAAUGCAGCCUCAAACUCGAAUCUUCUCAGGGAAGUCAUGGAUCUCUUCCACAACCUUGAUGUGUACACAAGUGAUUACGAACCUUUAUUCUUGGCUGAGUCUAAGAAAUUCACUGAGGCCUGGGCCCAACAGCAAGCAGCUGGGACCUUGGAAACAUACGUUGAAAACACCCACCGUUUGAUAGAACGUGAAGUUGAACGCUGCAGAAUGUUCGCUUUCAACAGGACCACGAAGAUGAAACUAUCCGAGCUAUUGGAUGACGCUCUGAUCAGUCAGCAAACUGAUUUGUUGACGAAUGAAGACGACGUGGUUCGUUUAUUACGAGCAAAUAACCAGACUGCCUUGAAGCAACUUUACAGUUUGCUGAAUAGGCGAGACCUUGGCCUCGAGUUGAAGUCUGCCCUCCAAAAUUACAUCGUCCAAGAGGGUGAGCGAAUCGUGUUUGAUCAGGAAAACGAGACCGACAUGGUUGUCCAUCUGCUCCAGUUCAAACAAACCGCCGAUAACAUUGUGGCCAAUUGCUUUGAGUCAAGCGAGGGUCUGCGUAUCACGCUUCGUGAGGCCUUUGCUGCUUUCAUGAACCGUGGAAAGAAAUCAGAAUCCACAGGUGGUACCGACAACCCCAAGUCUGGUGAAAUGAUCGCCAAAUAUGUGGACAGACUCCUCAAGGAAUUGGACCGACAACUGGAUCAAGUGCUCGAUCUGUUCAGAUUUGUACAUGGCAAGACCGUGUUUGAGGCAUUCUACAAGAAUGAUCUAGCUCGACGUCUCCUGAUGAAGCGGAGCGCGAGCAGCGACGCGGAGAAAAGCAUGCUGGCACGUCUGAAAAACGAAUGCGGAUCAAACUUCACCCAUAAUCUUGAAUCUAUGUUCAAUGACAUUGACACGGCCGCCGAGGAAAUGACGGCGUUCAAGAACUCACCUUCAGAAAUGAAGAAAAGACGCCCUUUCGAAUUCGAUGUCAGUGUGUUGUCUGCUGCCUCGUGGCCGUCAUACCCGGAUGUUCCCGUCCGCGUUCCAUCGGAUAUUUUACGCGCGAUCAACAGAUUCGAGGAGUUCUAUCAAAGCAAGCACAAGGGGCGCACUCUCACGUGGAAGCACCAACUGGCUCAUUGCCAGUUGAACGCAAACUUUGCGUCUGACAAGAAGAACCUGGUCGUCAGCUCGUUCCAAGCAAUUGUCCUCCUCCUGUUUAAUGAUAUCGCCGAUGGCGAGAGCCUGGCAUACACCCAAAUCAAAGAAGCGACUAAACUUUCGGAUCCUGAAUUGAUUCGAACCCUCCAGUCCCUCGCAUGCGCCAAGUACCGAAUCCUCAUCAAGACCCCCAAGGGCAAAGAGGUAAACAAGAUGGACACCUUCAAGUACAACGCCGGCUUCACCGACAAGCAAAAGCGGAUCAAGAUCAACCAGAUUCAACUGAAGGAGACGAAAGAGGAAACCAAGAUUACACACGAACGGGUCGCCGCCGAUCGCCACUUCGAGACUCAGGCCGCCAUUGUGCGCAUCAUGAAGAGUCGGAAGACGAUCAGUCACUCGGCGCUUAUCUCGGAGGUGAUCACUGCUACGAAGAGACUGGGCGCUCUGCAGCCUGCGGAUAUCAAGACCAACAUUGAGAAGCUGAUUGAGAAGGAUUACAUGGAUCGCACUGAGAACAACCAGUACAAUUACGUCGCAUAA